AUGUUGUCAUGACUAUAUAUUUUGAAUUGAGUAGAAGAAUGGGAUACUUCACUAUUCAAACAUAUAUUCCUUGUAUACUGACUGUGGUUUUAUCCUGGGUAUCAUUCUGGAUCAAAAAAGAUGCUACACCAGCAAGAACAGCAUUAGGCAUCACCACGGUGCUGACCAUGACCACGCUCAGCACCAUAGCCAGGAAGUCCUUGCCCCGCGUUUCCUACGUGACUGCCAUGGACCUUUUCGUGACUGUGUGCUUCUUAUUUGUCUUUGCUGCUCUGAUGGAGUACGCUACCCUCAACUACUAUUCAAGCUGCAGAAAACCACCUACCACUAAGAAAAAAACAUCGUUACUACAUGCAGAUUCCUCGAGAUGGAUUCAUGAAAGGAUAAGCCUACAAGCCCCGUCUAACUAUUCUCUCCUUGACAUGAGGCCACCACCACCUGUAACAGUUACUCUAAACAAUUCCGUGUACUGGCAGGAAUUAGAAGAUACCUGUGUCUAUGAGUGUUUGGAUGGCAAAGACUGUCAGAGUUUCUUCUGCUGCUAUGAAGAAUGCAAAUCAGGAUCUUGGAGAAAAGGACAUAUUCACAUAGACAUCUUGGAACUGGACUCAUAUUCACGGGUCUUUUUCCCUACAUCAUUCCUGCUCUUCAACUUGGUUUAUUGGGUGGGAUACCUCUAUCUCUAACUCUUCUUCCAGGUGAUAAGUGAAGAGCAUUAGGUUCCUCUCUAAACUUUCACCAUCCCCAGACCAGUAGUGACUAACUGGAGUAGCAAGGAAAGACACUUCUCAGUUUAUCUGAAAUACAUUACUUUUGAGCAGUGUAGGAGUAUGUGGCAAAUAUUUCUAUUACGUAUUUCAAACCCACAGAUACAUGCGUGUGCACACACAAGUUAACUGAGUGUUAAAGUGAUCUUCUUGCUAAUCCUUUGCUGAAUCUGUAGCUUGGUGAUAUUUAUAAAUGUGUUUUGGAUAUUGGAAGCAGUUCCCAAUUUUCUUUUGUGAAGAAAUCUGUGAAACGUACAAGCAAAUAUCUGAGAAGCUCUCUCAGACUCCACCCUUUCUGUGUUUUUACUUGGGCCCUCGGUGGCACUGGAGCCCAGUUGUGCAGGGUCGCUGCUGACUGACACUCAUGCCACUGGUAGUCUGAGUUCAAGAGUGAACUGCAGUGAGUUACCACCCAGUUUCCUCUCUCUGUGGCCUCUUUGCUCUGUCACCACCUUCACUGGUUGGUGUACUUUUAUCUAAUAACCUCACCCUGAGUUUGGAAAGGUUAUAUCUGUUUCAUCCGUAAGUUUUCAGUUGAGGCAACAGUCUGAUUUUGAGAAUUCUCAUGUUGCUGAAUUCAAAGAUGUUUACUAUCUCUGAACAUCAUAAGUUCAACAUUUUAUCCUAAGAAUUGUGUUUUACUAGACCAAGAGGCAACCCCAGAGUAUACUCUAUUAUAGGUUCAAUGAUUCUCUUUACCUUGCAAAGAAAGGUACAUAGCAUUCACAAGCUUUGGUUUUGAAAUUGUUUUCCAGAGUGUGAAAGAAAUAUAGAUAGAAUUUGUACAAAUUUUUCUUAGUGAAUAUUAACUUUCAAGUCAAAUCAAGUUUAGAUGCAAAA